AACAGAGCAACGACAGCUUCAACUGCUGACCCACACACACAACUUCUCUCUCAUUUUAUUUCAUCUCCUCCUGGUUUAGAGCGAUAGAGAAGCGCAGAGAAAAGUGCACCACAAUUUUGGUGCUUUUCAAGCCUAAUCAUCAAAUUCAGCUCUCGCUUUGGUAGGCUGGUCUAUAAGAUGAGUUCCGUUGAUGUCGUGCGAGCAGAACUUGCUCUCGCUGUUCUCUAUUUGAACAAGGCUGAAGCGAGGGACAAGAUAUGCAGAGCCAUACAAUAUGGCUCAAGAUUUGUGAGUAAAGGAGAGCCAGGUACAGCUCAAAAUGUCGAGAAAACGACCACCUUGGCACGGAAGGUCUUUCGUCUUUUUAAGUUCAUCAACGAUCUCCAUGCCCUUAUAAGUCCAGCUCCUCGAGGAACGCCCCUUGCUCUUGUUUUGCUAGGAAAGUCCAAAAAUGCGCUAUUGUCAACUUUCUUGUUCGUUGAUCAAAUUGUCUGGCUCGGUCGAACUGGCAUCUACAAGAACAAAGAACGUGCUGAGCUCAUGGGCCGCGUAUCACUCUUCUGCUGGAUGGGUUCCUCAGUAUGUGCUACAUUGGUCGAGCUUGGGGAGUUGGGAAGGCUUUCUGUAUCAAUGAAGAAGCUAGAGAAGGGUCUAAAGAAGGGUGAAAAGUAUAAAAACGAACAAUACUGUGCUAACUUUCAACAAUCAAAUGAGAGGUCUCUAGCCCUUAUCAAGGCGGCCAUGGAUAUAGUGGUUGCCGUGGGGCUACUUCAGUUGGCCCCUAAGAAGGUCACUCCUCGUGUAACCGGAGCUUUUGGAUUUGUCACCUCCUUAAUCACUUGUUAUCAGUUGCUUCCAUCACCACCCAAGUCGAAGACAUCGUGAAGAAAGGAGUCCGUUAAUUUAAGAGGCUUUCGUGUUGUAAUCGUGAUAACCACAGACACAUCCAUGUUGGUGUAAGCUUAUCGGCAACAUGCCAACUUGUAUGGUGAUAAUUAAAUACCUGCAAUUAUUUAUCACCUUUAUUACCCAGCAAA